AAUACGCAACGGCUCUUGGCUUGUAUGCAAAACAUUUUUUGGAAAGGACUUGGCAAGGAAUAACCGGAAAUUCAAAAGCUCUAUAUCCUAAUUCAGAAAAGCCUGCUCAACCUAUAGAUUGGUUUACCAACGCCAAAACAAGACGUAAAGAAUUGCCAUUGGAGUCACAUGUGGAAGAGAAUUCCGAAAGAACAAUGUCCGGAGCAGAACGAAGUGCAGCAGGAUCUGGCGACAAACGUACUACUGAACAAGCUGGUCUCGAUACUGGAGGAACUUCAGAAAAAAAACCAAAUUAUGGAACGGCAGAAGCCCUCACUGCUAGUACGACUAUUCCGGGUAUCGGUCCUAACGCUGACGCUGGUAACGCUUCUGCUGUCGAUAUGUUACACAUGGUUAUACCUCGACCCAUUGAUGAUACAAAAAAUAAGUACUUGGUUUUUUCAAAAAAUCAUGAAUUUUUAUCGUAUGGAAUACAAUGGAAGCCUAUUAAACAUACUGGCAACUCAUUUUGGGGAACAACAUCUCUAGCGGAAAUUCCAGUGGACAG